AUGGUCCACUCGUUGAAAUGUACUUUUUGGAUAAUAUAUACCUAUGAAAGAUGGACUUCUCUCUAUACGGGUUGUCUAUCUACCUUCCGAGACGACUUGAUUGAUGCGCCAUAUCCCGAAGACCUCUUAGUAGCAAACAUAUCAGACAACGAUACAAAGAGUGAAUUUUCAGACUCCUUGAUACUCUAUAGGUUUGUCUGUGCUAUGGUUGAUAUUAGACUUGUUGCCGACCGGGUGUUCUUGGAAAUAUAUUUACCUAAGAACAUCUCUAGUAUAUCGCAUUCUAUCUAA